UUUAUAGGGAGCCAUUUAUAGGGAGCCACAAACUAAAUUGCAAUAUUGAAUUUGAACUCAGAAAAACAAUGGCAGAGGAAGCAAAAGUUCCAUUGUUGGAAGAAUUAAUAGCUUCUUCAAGUGAUGUAUUGAAAGAAGAAGAUAAAAAUGGAGACUAUGGUAAUCUUUCUCAAAAGGUUAGGAUAGAAUCAAAGAAGCUAUGGCACAUAGUUGGUCCUACAAUCUUUAGCCGCCUUGCCUCCUACUCCAUGUUCGUCAUCACACAAGCUUUUGCCGGCCACCUCAAGGACCAUGAAUUCGCCGCAAUAUCCAUUGCUUUCAAUGUCAUCGCCGGCUUCGCCUUCGGUCUCAUGCUGGGAAUGGCAAGUGCUUUAGAGACGCUAUGCGGGCAAGCUUUCGGGGCGAAGAAGUACCACAUGUUGGGUGUAUACAUGCAGCGUUCAUGGGUUGUUCUCUUGCUUUGCUGUGUUCUGCUUUUGCCUCUGUAUCUCUUUGCCUCACCAGUUCUAGAGCUUUUGGGACAGCCUCAUGAUGUGGCAGAGAUAUCAGGGCUAGUAGCAAUUUGCAUGAUACCACUGCACUUUAGCUUUGCGUUUCAGUUUCCAUUGCAGACAUUCUUGCAGAGCCAGCUUAAAACUAUGGUGAUUGCUUGGGUGUCUCUGGCUGCUCUGGUAGUGCAUGUGAUUGUGAGCUGGUUGUUUGUGUAUAAGCUUGAGCUUGGAGUUGUUGGUACUGCUAUUACUUUGAAUUUCUCUUGGUGGGUUUUGGUGAUUGGGCAUCUGGGUUACACUGUGUGUGGAGGGUGUCCCUUGACUUGGGGUGGUUUCUCCAUUGAAGCAUUUUCUGGUCUCUGGGAGUUCGUCAAACUCUCUGCUGCUUCAGGGGUUAUGCUCUGCUUGGAAAACUGGUACUACACAAUACUGAUAUUGAUGGCUGGAAAUCUAAACAAUGCAGAGAUUGCAGUGGACGCUUUGUCCAUAUGCAUGGUCAUAAAUGGAUGGGAGCUGAUGAUUCCACUUGCAUUUUUUGCUGGAACCGGAGUGAGGGUGGCAAAUGAGCUUGGAGCAGGGAAUGGAAAAGGAGCCAAGUUUGCCACAGUAGUAUCAGUGACCACAUCCAUAAUUAUUGGUAUCUUCUUCUGGUUUUUGAUAAUGAUAUUCCACAAUGAGAUUGCCUUAAUAUUUUCUUCAAGCAAACCUGUCCUGCAAGAAGUAAACAGACUCUCUGUUCUCUUGGCCCUCACAAUUCUACUCAAUAGUGUUCAGCCUAUUCUAUCUGGAGUGGCUGUGGGAUCUGGAUGGCAAUCUUAUGUUGCAUACAUAAAUUUGGGUUGCUAUUAUCUAAUUGGAGUGCCACUUGGAUAUUUCAUGGGAUGGGUCUUCAACCUAGGAGUCAUGGGAAUUUGGGCUGGCAUGAUUGGUGGGACAGCGAUUCAAACCUUGAUAUUGAUCAUUAUUACCAUUCGAUGUGAUUGGGAAAAAGAGGCUGAGAAUGCAAGUCUACACUUAUUGAAGUGGGAAAACUCAUAGCGAGGACAUUGAUUCAUAUACACUCAAAAGAUUUUGGUUCCCCAAAAUGUUAGUUAUAAAGAAGAGUUUGCCAUGGUAGCUAUUCUUGACAUUGGAAGUCAUUUAUGCAUUAUUGUUUUGAAAAACAAAGAUCUCCAUGGAAUUUUGGAGUCCAAAAUUCAUUAGUAAAAUUGUGCAUUUGGACCUGGAACCGGGGUUUGGACUUUGCUUCGCACAGACCAAGCACAUUGUACUAUGGUUGGUCGAUUCAUUAUACAAGCUAGCGAGGAAAAAAAAAAAAAAUGUAAAAGAAAAAUUAUGCUAGAACUUGCAAGAAUUUGAAAGAUUCAAGCUUUUGGCAAGUUUCAAAAAUGGAUUUCUGAGUAAUGGCUUCAAAUAGGUUUUAAAUUGAUGCAAUAAACCCUUAAAACGCAACAAUGUUCUA